CGUUUUGUGUACAUGUAUAAAAUCAGGUACAAGUAAAUACAAUAUAAUCCGGUUUUAGUGUUUCACACGAGUCGCAGUUUAUAGGGCGUGAAGAAGACGAGGGUAAUAUAGGGCGUGGAAAUCAUGGAAGUAACGGCAGAGAACCUGCAAACGUUGGCAGGAUAUCUUGAGAAGACACUCAGUCCUGUUGCUCAAGAGAGAAGAACAGCCGAGAAAUUCCUCGAGUCUAUUGAAGGCAACCAGAACUACCCGUUGCUCCUGCUGCAUCUGCUGGAUAAGGCUGAUGUGACUGUAGCACUGCGGGUCAGCGCGGCCAUCACUUUCAAGAACUACAUCAAACGCAACUGGAGAGUGGUGGAAGACAGUGCUGACAAGAUUCAUGCCAGCGACAGGCAGGCGAUCAAGACCGAGAUCGUUGGUUUGAUGCUGCGUAGUCCGGAACAACUGCAAAAACAGCUUAGCGAUGCUAUAAGUAUUAUUGGACGGGAGGACUUCCCGGACAAGUGGCCGGACCUUCUGGGAGAGAUGGUGCUGAAGUUUCAGAGCGGCGACUUUCACAUUAUCAACGGUGUGCUCCGAACUGCUCAUUCACUGUUUAAACGUUAUCGCCACGAGUUCAAGUCACAAGAGUUGUGGACAGAGAUCAAAUAUGUUUUGGAUUCCUUUGCAUCACCGCUCACGGAACUCUUCAAGGCUACGAUGGGUCUGGCGGAGACGCACGCGAACGACUCUGCCGCCCUGAGCGUCAUCUUCAGCUCGCUCGUUCUCAUCUGCAAGCUGUUCUACAGUCUCAACUUCCAGGAUAUUCCGGAAUUUUUCGAGGACAACAUGGCUAUAUGGAUGAAGCACUUCCUAACUCUGCUCACGUUAGACAACAAGCUGUUAAACACACAGGAGGAUGAGGAGGCUGGACUGCUUGAGAUGCUUCGCUCGCAGAUCUGUGAUAACAUCACCAUGUACGCGCAGAAAUAUGAGUCUGAGUUCAGACCAUACCUCCCCGACUUUGUGACAGUUGUCUGGAACCUAUUGGUGACAACUGGCCCACAGGUCAAAUACGACCUGCUGGUGAGCAAUGCGAUACAGUUCCUGGCAUCGGUAGCCGACCGCGCUCACUACAAGAACCUGUUUGAGGAGAUGAGCACCCUAACAAGCAUCUGUGAGAAGGUCAUCGUUCCCAACAUCGAGUGCAGGACGGCAGACGAGGAGCAGUUUGAAGACAAUGCCGAGGAGUACAUCCGCAGGGACAUCGAAGGUUCAGAUUUCGACACGCGGCGGCGGUCGGCGUGCGAUCUCGUGAGGUCACUGUGCCGCUUCUUCGAUCAGCAGGUUACCCAGAUCUUCUCACAGUACGUCCAAGUUCUGCUGCAGCAAUAUGCAAAGAAUCCAUCCAGCAACUGGAAGUGCAAAGACACGGCCAUUUUCCUCGUGACGUCGGUCGCCGCCAAGGCGCAGACGGCUAAACACGGCAUAACACAGACGAGCGAACUGGUGAACGUCGCCGAUUUCUUCACGUCCACAAUAGCGCCCGAACUGCAGUCCGAAAACAUUGACCAGUAUCCGGUGUUGAAGGCAGACUGCAUCAAAUACGUGAUGACCUUCAGAAAUCAGUUGCCUAAGGAGGUGCUCGUUGCGUGUGUGCCCUUGCUCGUUGCACUACUGAAGGCACAGAAGGUUGUUGUACACAGCUACGCAUCCUACACCAUCGAGCGUCUCUUCACAGUCAAGGACCAACAUGGCAAGCCAAUGCUGAGUAGGGAGGAUGUCAGCCCCCAUGCAGAGCUGCUGCUGGUGAACAUGUUCAGUGCGCUCAGUCUGCCCGGAUCCAGCGAGAACGAGUACAUCAUGAAAGGCAUCAUGAGGAGUAUGUCGCUGCUGCAGGAGCUGGCUGUCCCCUACGUGCCCGCCAUCAUACCAAAGCUUAACCAGAUCCUGCUCACUGUUGCAAAGAACCCGAGCAAGCCGCACUUCAACCACUACUUGUUCGAGUCGCUGAGCUUGUCGAUACGCAUCACGUGCAAGGCCAACCCGCAGGCCAUCUCUAGUUUCGAGGCGGCUCUCUUUCCACCAUUCCAAGAGAUUCUCCAGUUGGACGUGCAAGAGUUCAUCUGCUACAUGUCUGUCAUCUGUCUCUCUCUUGCAGAGUUCAUCCAUGCAGCCCUGCUGGGCGUGUUCCAGAAGCUGAUAGCGUCGAAGAGCAAUGAUCACGAGGGUUUCUAUCUCGUCGGCAGCAUCGUACGACGCGUGCGACCGGAGACGAUCGAUCAGUACAUGAAGCAGAUUUUCCUCGUUCUCUUCCAACGACUUACCAGUUCAAAGACCACCAAGUACAUCAAAGGACUGCUGGUGUUCUUCAGCCUGUUUGCGUGGAAACGAGGUACCGACACCCUCAUACACGUGGUUGACAGCAUUCAGCCAAAGAUGUUCGGCAUGGUGCUGGAGAGACUGUAUGUCGCCGAGGUUCAGAAGGUCACGGGACAGGUGGAGCGUAAGAUCUGCGCCGUGGGCAUGACGCGGCUACUCACCGAGUGUCCGGCCAUCUUCCAGGGAGACUACGCACAGUUCUGGCCGUCACUGCUGCAGGCGCUCAUCGGUCUGUUUGAGCUUCCGACCGAUGACACGCUGCCCGACGAUGAACACUUCAUCGAGAUCGACGACACGCCCGCCUACCAGACGGCCUACUCGCAGCUUGUGUUCGCCGGCAAGCCCGAGCACGACCUGUUCGAGGGCAGCGUACCCGACGCAAAGCUCUACCUAGCCAAGCAGCUGCACAAGCUCAGCACGCAGUUCCCCGGACAGGUGAGUCCGAAGGUGACAGCAGGACUGCAGGCGAACGCGGCGCAGUUUCUGCAGGCGUACCUGCAGCGCGCCGGCAUCACGCUCGUGUGACACGCGUCGCCAUCAUUGCUGCCGCUGCUGCACGCGCGUUUGACGACAGCGCCGACGUAGAAAUGCCACCGAGGGGCGUCGUCUGCCAGACCUAUUAUUCGCGAGGUCGACUCUGCUGCCGCCUUCUGCUUUUUUCGUCGACGAUUCGAGGAAGCGGUCGCCGUCGCCGUGGCGACGCGAUAGGUGCGAUGGACGUCAGAGAGUGCGGAAGCUGCGUGCGUGCGCGGGGCUUCUAAUCGCGUUGCAUCUCUAUUGUUUGAGGGGUCGCGUGGAGGUCACUUGGGGAAGGUUGCGUGAGUACGGCGGACCCGUCUCACGUGUCUCGCAUGAUCCGACGGGUCUCGGAUGUCUCGGGCGACCCCCGCGGGUCUGUGCGUGUGAAAGCGAGACGCGUGUCGUCCCCGCAUCCCCACGGUCGAAUCUUAUCACGGUGAAUCAUGUUCAAGUUUUGUUUCUUUUUUGUAUCGCGGACGGACGGAUGGGCAGGCUGAGCGUUGUCACUGGUGAUCGUGCUUGCGAACUACUGUGUUUAUACGUACGCCAGUGACGUCACUGGCUAGCUGGGCUGAUUCAAGUUGAGGCUUAGCCGGUCUGAGAAAUAAACUGCUUGUGGACGCCUGCUCGCAUUUGUUUUAUAUAAUAUACUUUCUUGUCAUUUUCUUCUGAGCUGUUCUCCCUCCCCUCCCAUCUCUCUCCUCUCGCUCUCUCUCUCUCUCUCUCUCUCUCUCUCUCUAUCUAUCUAUAUAUCUAUAUCUAUCCCGCUCUCACUCUGCCUACGUUCCUUGCCUACCUAAGAAAUGUAUAUAAAACUAUAAAUAAACGAACACGGCAUAUAUACUACACGCCGAUGAUGCGGCUGAUCAUGGCGAUGUCAGUAUAUGCAGCGCGUGACUCAUCUUACGUACAUAUCUCAACAACGAAGUCAUUAAAGGAAACCUGGUCGGAUAAUGAUUGAUCUACUGUCAUGUUUGAGUUGAUUGACCUGUUUCGCUUGCAUUCUAUGCACCGCGCGAUAUGCCACUUAAUAUUUUAGGUAACCUUAUGUGGUACAUGUGUUUGCGCGUGCGUGCCUGACUGCGUACAAAGUCAGCAUUGUGAAAUAUUUCAAUAAUUAUUAUCCCGGUUUGUUUCGUAUUAAAGGGAACGCAUGUGAGUAUAAUCUG